UACAUUUUAUCAAACACCUACCCUGCGAGUUAACCAUGCGAGCAAACACCUACCUUUGUCUUGGAGUUGCAGAAACUGUUGUUCUUGAUAACCAAUGAAAACAGGUAAAUUAUAAUAGAGAAUCCAAGAAAGAUGGAGGGUAUUCAAUCCACAUCCUCGACCUCAUCAAUUUGCAGCAACGUUGCCUGAUUACAAGUUGGUGGAACCCAACACCCAAUUGAGAUGAACCAAAGUCGUUUGCCAGGGAGAAAAGGGAACUUGCAAACCAAUACCCAAUUCAAUAAACCAAAGUUAUAGCCAAUCACAAAUGGCUCAGACUCCAUGAACAACUUCGACUCAAAGUUGGGUUUUUGGGGGUUAAACUUUUCUGGGUAUCAUGAAAGUUUGAGGAUUUGGUGACAAAAAAUCAAUAUUUUUCAAUUAUUUUUCUGGGGCGUAUUUUUUGUGGGUUUUAGCUUGGUUUCAUGGCCUUAUCCAUGUCUGGUGUCUCAAAUCAAAAGCACGUCAAACAAAGACAUGAGUUCUUCUGCAAUACAAAUUCAAAUCUAAGUCCUGCAAAUUGGUCUUACCUUAUACGAAAUCACCUCUCUCAAGGAUCACCUAGACAAGCGCUUCUGGUUUACACCCGAGUUCGGCAUCAAGGAAUCUACAUUGUAGGCCUACUCCCUUUGAUUCUCAAGGCUUGUGCUUCUCUUUCCUCCAUAAAUCAUGGGAAGGCAUUGCACGCAGAGUCUAUCAAGUCUGGUAUGAAUUGUGAUGUGUUGGUUGGUACCUCAUUAGUUGACAUGUAUGCAAAAUGCGGGGAUGUUUUUGAGUCCCGGAAAGUGUUUGAUUAUAUGCCUGAGAAAAAUGUGGUGGCUUGGAAUGCAAUAAUUGGAGGGUACUUGAGAAGUGGGGAUACAGCGUCUGCAGUUUUCUUGUUUGAGAAGAUGUCAAUGCGGACAUCUGUGACUUGGAUUGAGAUGAUCGCUGGGUUUGCGCGAAGUGGGGACACUGUGACUGCUAGGCGGUUCUUUGAUCAGGUUCCACCUGAGUUGAAGAAUGUGGUUACGUGGACUGUGAUGGUUGAGGGGUAUUGUAGCAAUGGGAAGAUGGAGGCAGCAAGGGAAGUUUUUGAGGCAAUGCCACAGCGCAAUUUCUUUGUGUGGUCAUCAAUGAUUUCCGGGUAUUGCAAGAAAGGUGAUGUUAGGGAGGCCAAGUUCAUCUUUGAUAGAAUCCCAGUCCGGAACUUGGUGAACUGGAAUUCUUUGAUAUCCGGGUAUGCACAAAAUGGGUAUUCUGAGGAGGCUUUGAAAGCAUUUGGGAAGAUGCAAGCUGAAGGCUUUGAGCCAGAUCAAGUUACUGUUGUGAGCGUUUUAUCUGCAUGUGCUCAGUCUGGGCUUUUAGAUGUUGGCAAGAAUAUACACGAUAUGUUAGGUCAUAAAAGGAUAAAGCUUAGUCAGAUUGUUCUGAAUGCACUUGUAGACAUGUACGCAAAAUGUGGCGAUUUGGUCAAUGCAAGGUUGAUCUUUGAGGGGAUGACUGAGAGGAACAGUGUCUGUUGGAAUGCUAUGAUUUCAGGUCUGGCCAUUCAUGGACAGUGCAAGCAGGCUCUUGAACUAUUUCACAGAAUGGAAGAUUCAAAUGAAAGGCCUGAUGACAUAACCUUUAUUUCUGUUCUGUCGGCUUGUGCGCAUGGAGGUUUAGUGGAUGAAGGCAUAGAAACUUUCUCCAAGAUGGAGAAAUAUGGUUUGGCAGCAGGGAUUAAACAUUAUGGAUGCCUGGUUGACCUUUUGGGACGGGCAGGAAGAUUAAGAGAGGCUUAUGCUUUAAUCAAGAGAAUGCCAAUCAGACCCAAUGGCAUGGUUUGGGGGGCUAUGCUGGGGGCUUGCCGGAUUUAUAUGGAUAUGGAGAUGACUGAACAGGUAGUAAAGGAUAUUAGCACCCUAGAUUCAAAUAUUGGGUCGGGUGAUAAUUUACACUAUGUGCUUCUGUCAAAUAUUUAUGCUGCUUCCGAUUAUUGGGAGACGGCUGAAAGGACAAGGAUUGCCAUGGCAAAUGAAGGCUUUCAAAAGACACCUGCUCACAGUGCAUUUGUGGCCAGCGGCACAUAGCAUGUCUUUCGUGUGCCUCUUCUUGGUAAAUCAUUGCUCUGUGGCAGAUCAUGACCACUAAGCAAUUACCAAAAUUGAUUCAAAUCAUAAGUGCAACUCGAACAUGCAAAUUGUGCGGUGGCUUAAGACGAGAGGAUUUUGCAUGAUGGUAGCUCCCGUCCCAUUAGUUCAUGUCAGAGUAGAGUUGACUGAGUUAAUUUUGGUGAUAAAACAAGAUGCUUAGAUCCAAUGAAAUUAGGCACCAGUUGCUCAAACAACCUGAUAUAAUGUGCAAAGAAUUGAUUGGCAUCAGAAUGUCAGGCUCAACCAUUGUUAAAAACAAAAGUGGAGUCGUCAAAUCUUGGAUUAUUUAGGCAUUGAAUAAAACAGGAUUGGCAGCAGCUUCUGGAUACUUCUGAACAUGAAAUCACUGCAAGGGUUCUUAAAAAGCCUUUAGCAAAAUGGAUUUUGCACAUUCAACGCAAUUGUGCUGGUUUUCAGUUACAAAGAACUCGUUUACGCUGCAGAGACUUUCAUUCUUUUCCCCUUGUGUAUAUUACAAGUAUGAAAAUCAAAAUGAAGAACUUUAUCUUUAUGCUACCUCAGGUGACAAAAAAUCUCAGUUAGACGACACGAAAGGAGUCGGCUAUUUUUUUCAAAUCCUUGUAAUGCCUCUUCCACUGAAGACCUACAAAUACAAACCAAGUAUACAGUUAAUUUUGUCUGCAGUUAUGGCUAUUGAAUAUUUUUUUUUUUCAUAGUAAAAAGCAUGCCGAAAGAGUCUACUUAUCCUUACCACUUCCGGUCACAUUAAACAAGUACAGGCGAUUCCCAGCUGCAGUUGCUGUGAUCAGAACAUGAGGAGGCUCCAACUCAUACUGGUAAUAUGUUCUUCCAGAGUCUUGUACAACAUUUAUGCUCAUAACCUUCCCUUCAACAUUCUCCCCAAUAACUUCUGGUCCAAAUGCAUUGAUCACUGUCUCUGGACGUCCAAUUUUUUCAAUUGUGGCAUCUCCAUCAAGAUCUGGGCAUAACAAGCAGAGUUUAAAAAUCAAUAUCUUGAGACUGACUUCGGGACAUGCAUCCAAGGGCACUUGCCCAAUUGCAGAAAGAAAAGAGAAAAACUAGAUUGUAUCAAUACUCACUAUCUGCAAAUCUCAGGACAGGGGCAACAAUGACAGAGAGGCGCCCCUCCUUGGAGCUACCGAAUCUCAAAUCGAUCUCUGUACCACCUAGAUCUGCUAUUGAUACAGGAACCUGUUGCAUGGUAAAGCAGACAGAUAAGUAAACUUGAGGCAGUUUUCAGACAGAAGGUAAAGCAUGUGCAAACUUAAGCUCAUGUUUAAAUCUUUCAUUUUGUUUAGCAAUACAAGUAUCAUGUACCAAUUUAAGCUCCCAAGUUUGAUGGACUAGAUUGCUACCUCUUCCCAAUCUUGAGGAACUGAAAAGAGAUAAGGGAUGAUAGGGCUCCAACCAACGCCAUGACCUCCAGACUUUUCAUCCGGUCUGCGGUAUGUCCUCCAUCCUGUCUAAGCAUAUACUUCUCAGUGAAUGAGACCAUAUACUUGAAAACAAAAACAGAGAAAAGCAACUGUAAUUUGCAGGACCAUUCUUUUUUCAGCCUUGUAAACUGUUCAGUUUUAGAAAGGGCAGUCUAUGCAUGAUUUUUAGCUCAUUGUGGGCUCUGCAUGUUAUAAUUAUGAUGUCCAAAUUUAUGCAAUAUGCACAUAACACAAUGCCAUAUUACAACUAGAAAGAAGAAGUGUAAGAUGAAAGAUGCCAACCUUGCUCAUCCGGUUCAGACAGACCGGGAAUCCUGCCUGCUAGAAGACCUUGUUUUACCACUGCCAAGCCUUCCCUUGGAAAACCCAAUACUGCAGAAGAAAACAAAGAAACUCCUGCCGACAGCACUGAUCUUCUCUUCAAAAUCCCAGAAAAGUUCUCAGCUUCUUCAACAACCAAGCCAUUCUCUGCUUUUGUCCUACAAGUUCCAUGUUCCAAUGAAGAAUGAACAACCAAACUCUGGGAAGGGACUGCUUGCGGCUGAUAAGUCCAGCAAAAGCUGCCACUGGUAAGUAAAGCUGUUCUCAUUUCCUCAACCACUUCAGAAAUGGAAGAGAAGUGAGAUGCUUUUAGACUUCCUGUAAUUUUUUCAGUUUGUGUUCAGAAAAUUUAAGACCAAUAAGAGAAUGUUGUAGAAGUUGAGGUUCCCAGUUGCUUCUGAUUUUUUGUAGCAUUUGUGGUGCAGAAAUCCCUGCGAUUUUUAUCUAAUCGUUUUAAGACUGACA